UCUCUUCAUUUUCUACUUCGUUCUGCUCUUUCAAAAUUCCGCGCCACCAUUCCGUUCUUCCUCUCCAAGACUCAUUGAAUAAGCUCGUGCACAGAUUCGAUUCCGAAGGAAAGCUGUGGCAUUUUCGUGGCAUUACUCAAAUUGUGGGUUUGAAGAGGUAGUAAUUAGUUGCCAUGGGAGACUUGCCCAGGGAGGAUAUUAGCAAUACACUUCGGAUACUUGUUGCUACUGAUUGCCAUCUGGGAUAUAUGGAGAAGGAUGAAAUACGGCGGCAUGAUUCUUUUCAAGCAUUUGAGGAGAUAUGCUCAAUAGCAGAGCAAAAGCAGGUUGAUUUCUUACUCCUUGGUGGUGAUCUUUUCCAUGAGAAUAAGCCCUCAAGGUCAACAUUGGUUAAGGCCAUUGAGAUUCUACGUCAUCAUUGCCUUAAUGAUCAGCCAGUGCAGUUCCAAGUUGUUAGUGACCAGACCGUGAAUUUCCCAAAUACAUUUGGUCAUGUAAAUUAUGAAGAUCCUCACUUCAAUGUUGGCUUGCCAGUCUUCAGCAUUCAUGGAAAUCAUGAUGAUCCUGCUGGAGUGGACAACCUUUCUGCAGUCGAUAUUCUCUCCGCAUGCAAUCUUGUCAACUAUUUUGGGAAAAUGGCUCUUGGGGGUUCUGGUGUUGGUCAAAUUACUCUGUGCCCUAUUCUUAUAAGAAAGGGUUCAACACCUGUAGCUCUCUAUGGUCUUGGAAACAUUAGAGAUGAACGGCUAAAUAGAAUGUUUCAGACACCACACGCUGUACAAUGGAUGCGGCCUGAAGCUCAAGAAGGUUGCCAAGUUUCAGAUUGGUUCAACAUUCUGGUCCUUCAUCAGAACAGAGUAAAGACAAACCCUAAAAAUGCAAUAAAUGAGCACUUUUUACCACGAUUCCUUGACUUCAUAGUGUGGGGGCAUGAACAUGAAUGUCUUGUUGACCCUCAGGAAGUUCCCGGGAUGGGGUUUCACAUUACACAACCAGGUUCUUCAGUUGCAACAUCACUAAUUGAUGGAGAAUCAAAGCCGAAGCAUGUACUUCUCUUAGAAAUUAAGGGGAACCAGUAUCGUCCAACUAAGAUACCUUUAACAUCAGUGAGACCUUUUCAGUAUACUGAGAUUGUAUUAAAGGAUGAACCUGACAUUGAUCCCAAUGAUCAAAACUCAAUUCUUGAACACUUGGACAAAGUGGUCAGAAAUCUGAUAGAGAAAUCUAGUAAAAAUGCUAUUAACAUAUCAGAGCUGAAACUGCCAUUGGUCCGAAUAAAGGUGGAUUAUUCUGGAUUUAUGACAAUAAACCCACAAAGAUUUGGGCAGAAGUAUGUGGGCAAGGUUGCAAAUCCCCAAGACAUUCUUAUCUUCUCAAAGGCUUCAAGAAAGGGUCAGAGUGUAGCUAAAAUUGAUGAUUCAGAACGGCUUCGCCCAGAAGAACUAAAUCAGCAGAAUAUUGAGGCUUUAGUCGCGGAAAGUAAUCUGAAAAUGGAAAUCCUUCCAGUCAAUGAUUUGGACGUUGCAUUACAAAAUUUUGUUAACAAGGAUGACAAAAUGGCUUUCUAUUCUUGUCUGAAAUACAAUCUUGAUGAAACACGAAACAAAAUUGCCAAGGAUACAGACUCGCUGAAGUUUGAAGAGGAAGACUUAAUUCUUAAAGUUGGAGAGUGCAUGGAGGAACGUGUCAAGGAAAGGUCUGCACGCCCUAAGGAUACCACGCAAUUUACAUCCACUUCUCAGUCUUUCGAGGAUCCACGAAAUAAAAGUGCUGCCGGAAUUGGAAGUGCAGUUUCUUUUAGUGAUGAUGAAGACACAACACAGAUAUCUGGCUCAAAGUCUAGUGCUAGAGGCAGGAGAGGGUCAUCUAGGGUGUCUCGUGGUGCUUCUGAACUUGGUAAAAGUAAAACUUCUACAAGAGGAAGGGGUAGGGGCAGAGGUGCCAGUAACUUGAAGCAGACAACUCUUGACGCAGCUUUAGGGUUCCGUCAUUCUCAAAGAUCUGCAUCGGUUGCUGCAUCAGCUUCCGUUCGAAGUAUUGCUGACGAUGAGGAUAACGUGGAUUCUGCUUCAAGUGCAGAAGCUGGGACACAUGGACUUGAUGAGGUUGACAACAGUUCGGAAAAUGAUGGAAGCCUACAAGGCAAAGGACGGAAGAGGGCUGCUCCCAGGGGAAGAGGUAGAGGUUCUACGCAAUCCUCAAAGCGGGGAAGGAAGUCAGAUAACUCUACAAUUAAUAGGAUGCUUGGGAACAAAGAUGAUGAUGAUGACGAUGAUGAUGUGGCAAAGAGAUUAAAUAAAUCUCAACCUCGGGUAACAAGAAAUUACGGGGCUUUAAGAAGGUAACAAUGGACGAGUUCCACCAUACCUUCAUCAGAUCCUGGUUAUCAAGAUGUUUUGUAUUGGUACGCGGAAGCCUUCUGCUACUUAAAGCUUAUUUGAAGAAUUGUAGGAUUAGCUAAAUAUUACAGACCAGCGGGAGAGAAGGUUAAGCUCAAUGUCUUCAAUUCAAGUAUUGUCCGUCUUCCCCAAUUUCCGGCUUAUGCUUAUAUAAGGUGCAACAAACUUUUUCUUUCCAUCAAUGCAUACAGAUUCGAGUCUAUAUAGUUACAUGAUGCGAGAGGAUAUUAUUUGUAACUGACCAAGCUCCAAAUCUUUUUGUCGCACAUAAUUGAAUCUGGGGUGUGAUUUCUUUGGGCUAA